AAUGAAAUCUAAAACAAUAAUUUCUCGUAAAUUAGACAUUAACAAUGAUUCACCUAAACAAUAACAGGUAAUUUUAAUAAAGUAAAAAAACAGGCACCAUUUUUUGAUUCAUGUCCAAAAUUUCAUAAAAAAUAUGAUGUUAAAUUUGAUUUGGAUAGAAUUGUAUCUUAUAUGUAUUUAAGAGAAAAUCAUUGAAAUAUCAAAUAAUGUAGAGAUUUCAGUUAAAAAAGAAUAUGCAAAUUUGAUUCAACAUAAAUUAAAGAUGGUCUCCCUUCUGCUAAAUUAAUCUAAAUAUCACCUAAUGAUUCAAUAAUUGUGAAUGAUUGGACUAAUGUUGGUGGAGAACUAAACCACUAAUUUAAUAAUCGUUGGAAGACAAAUAUUUAAGAUAUCUGCAUAGAUAAAAACUAUCAAGAUCAAUUGGAUAAUCAUUUUAAAGCCAAAGUAACUUCAUUAAAACAUGAUUACAAGGCUAAAAUAGAAUAUAUGAAUAAAUAUUUUUAAGAGAUUGACCGAAUAAUUUAAGUGUUUUAAACCCUUAAGGAAUUUAGAAGUAAAAAUAUCUUGAUGAUUUGUUUAAACACUUAAUUAAAAAAAUUGAUAAGGAUCUUAAAACUAAAGAGUAGGAUUCUAUUGAUUAAUUGUAAUCAAAUGAAAUCUAAAUUGAUUAUAAUGAUUCUAGUAGAAAUAUUAAUUAGAUUAAAAGAACUUAUAGUUAAAUGGAAGAUAUAACUGCUGAGGUUGCUGCUUUUAAUUAAAAUCAUUAUCUAUUUGAAGUUAAAGCUGUUUAUUUAUUUGGUUAAUAAAUAAGAAUGA